GUUUGCUCUCUCUCAAGUUGUUGGAAUCUAGGACUGUGUUCUGCUUGCAAUGGAUAGUCGGAAGAGAGUCGGGCCUGAAGCUGCCUUCAAUGCAAAUAGCGGUGCCAAGAAAUUGAAGCAAGCAAUGGAGUCUUCAUCAACUGGUAUGGGAAGCAAAAUGAAGCCGUUUACAAAAAUUUUCAGUUGGGAUGAAACAAUCCUAUGCAAUGUUGGUGCCGCCACACCAAUCAUCGCUGAUUUCGAGAUGAGAAAUUUGGGACCAAAUCGAGCUACAAUGUACGUGGCAUCCCCACCAACCAUCCCAGAUGGCUUUGACCAACCUGCUUUUAAAACCCGUCUGUGCGGCGAUUAUUAUACUACUAAAGGCUGCGAACUUGGAGACAAAUGCCAUUUUGCCAAUGGCAUUUGCAAAUUUGGAAAGCCUUUUUCUCUAACCCUUGAUGAGGAUUUCCGUGCCCUGGCUUCAGGCCGUUUUGAUGGUAAACGGAGGCUACCUUACUCACGUCCUCCCUUGAGCAUUAAGGAAGAUCCACUUGCUGUCAAAUUUAGUGUAGAUGCUUCCCUUGCUGGAACCAUCAUUGAUGAUUUGAAAAAUAUGUUGUGUCGUUUAGAUGUUAAACUAUUCAUCGGAGAGCACGAGUCAAAACCUAAUCUCAAGAACAUUGAGCUUCAGGGCAAGUUUCAUUCGCUCAAGAUAGCGAGCUCUAUGGUAAUAGAGCAGAUUGAACAUAUUCGUGGAGCUCCCACCUACAAAAUGGAACUGUGAGGGCCCUACAACUCAUGGAAAGCCUUUGAAGAGAAUUUUUUUUCAGUCCUACAACUUGUAUACAAUUUUUUUCAGCCCUAACAACAAACGGUUCCUAAAUACAUGUAUAUUGGUCCAAUUCUCAAGAGCAUCCAUGAAGUGGUCAUGAUGAUGUUAUUUAUGACUGUUUAAAAGAUAUGAAUUGCAAUUAUGAAAAAAAAAAAAGAAAAAGAAAAAGAAAAAGAUAUGAAUUGGAUUUUUCUUGCAGAUUUUUUUUUGAGGAAGAAAUUUAUGAGAUGAAUGAAUGACCCUACUAAAGAAAACUAAGUUGGAAGCAAACAAAGGUCAUUAAUGGCAAACGCAAUUCCAUAAUUAUAAGUCCUCAUUUUCAUGAUAGAUAUAGUAGAAUGUGGAGGGUGCUAUUGAAAUGAC